UUGGAACCUCAUAAAAGAAUAAUGAUUUUUUCGAGAAAAGGUUAUAAGAUCGAAAGUUUGAAUAAUAGAUUAAUUUAUGAGCGAGGCUUAGAUUUGGUUAUGAUCGAUUUACAAAGCACACCUGCUCAAGUAACCUAUCUAUUGAUAAAUAAAUCGCAAACUUUAACAAAAAAUCUUUCGAAACACGAACUUUUACCUCAAAAAUGGGAGCCUCAAGAUUUUUUCAAGUACACUGGAAGAAAUAUCAUCGUGAGUACGUUUGAUUGCCCUCCUUUUGUGGAAAUAUCAAAAAACAACGUUUUUGGAGGCGUAGAAUACGAAUUUUUGAAGGAUUUCACCAAAAGUUGGCCAGUAGAAUACAAAAUAAUCGAAAACAAAAAUACAAGCGUUAGAGUAAAUCAUUUCUUGGAAGUUAUAGAAAGAAUUAAACUCAAAAAAGCUGAUAUUGGAGUUUGUUUCAUAUGGCAAAGAGCUCUAAUGGAAAGAAACUUGGAUUACUCUUUUCGCAUGUUUCCCACGUGUUUGACUUUUCUUGUUUUGAAGCCGGACCUGCUAAAAAGCUCUUUAUUCUUGUUUCAACCCUUUCAAGACAAUCUUUGGGUAGUUUUUCUUGUGAUUUUCACACUUUUGGUUGUUUUAUACAAAAAUUUUAUUGGUUUACCUAAUUUUCUUAGUAAAGAGGUUUAUCUAAUAUCUUCAUUCGUUUUUUUGGGGCUCAUUUUCUCAUAUUAUUCCGCUGAAUUGACCACACAACUAAAUUUUCCCCGAUUUUUACAAAACUACGUAAGAAACUUCGAGGAUAUGAUCGAAAAAGGUAUUAAAUGGGAAGAACCAAGGAACGAUAUACAGUUAUGGUUUGAACAAACUAAAGAUCCACUUUGUACAACUAUAGCGAAGAAUUUUAGACAAAGUUCUGACAGAAUAUCGAUGAAUAAACAUGUUUUGACUGGAAAAUACGGGUUGUUGGUGAAGAUGACUUCAAGAUCGAUGGUGGUAGGGUCUGAAGAAUUGGAUGAUCAAGGUAAAACACGUUUGAGACUCUUACCAGGGUGUUUGGCUUGGUUUUACAGCUCUAUAGCUUUUCCCAAACAUUCCCCACUGAAGAAACACUUCAACAGGAAGAUAAAUUUAUAUUUUUCCAACGGAUUGCUAAGUUUCUGGGAGUCUAUGACGAUAAGGAAGUCAAAUUAUCGGUAUAUGAAGAAUUUUAAAGAGAUUUAUAUGGAGGGAAUGGUUCACAGAAAAAUAGAUAUGGAAAAACUAACAGGGAUAUUCUAUUUUCUGAUAUGCGGGUAUAUUUUCAGUGUUAUUUGUUUUAUUUUGGAGUAUUUAAGUGUUUGGUUUAGUAUUCGAUUAAAGACAAAUAUAAUAUUUGUAAAUAAAUAAAGUAUUAGAAGAUUAACAGUUAAGUUUUUUCAAUUAAUCAAUACUUAAUUUUGUUUAUGUUUAAUUUAUUUAUA